GCUGUUGAUACUGUAGUUGGAGUCGACAAGACUCAGAGCAGAAUAUAGGCUAGCAGCAGACUAACAGCUCUCUAAAGCUGUUUUGAAUCCCAUUCCAUUCUUUUAUUACCUGUACAUUUGUGUAAAUAGACUAUUUCUAUUUUUAUAUCGAGGCACCAUGAUGGAAUUUAACUCUCUUUUAAUUCUGCUGGAGGCUGCAGAGUACUUGGAAAGAAGAGACAGAGAGGCAGAACACGGCUAUGCAUCUGUAUUACCAUUCACUAGCGACUUCUCCAGGAAGAAAACGAAACCCUCGCCAAUUACCAGAAAAGCUCAGAACAAUAGAUCGUCACACAACGAGCUGGAAAAACACAGACGUGCCAAACUACGGCUGUACUUGGAACAACUGAAGAAGCUGGUGCCUUUGGGUCCAGACAGCACGCGGCACACCACACUGAGCCUCCUCAAAAGGGCCAAGAUGCACAUCAAGAAGCUGGAGGAGCAGGACAGGAAGGCUUUAAACAUGAAGGAGCAGCUGCAGAGAGAGCACCGCUACCUCAAACGGCGCCUGGAGCAACUGUCCGUGUCCGGCUCUGUGGAGCGCAUCCGCACUGACAGCAUGGGCUCCACCAUCUCCACCGACUCGGAGCAAGAGGUGGACAUCGAGGGCAUGGAGUUCACCCCUGUGGAGGUGGACAGUGUGGACAGUGUGAGCGAAGUCGAGGAAGAGGAGGAGGAGGACCACUACAGCCUCCAGAGCAGCUCCAGCAGUGACAGCUACACAGCCACACAUUCCCACAGACUGCAGCCACACCACUGUUAGACCACCGCCCCUCUCCUACACACAGCCCCCCCUUCCCCCUCACCACCACCACCGCCGCCCCGCCCCCAUUCAUGCCCCUGCCCGCUCCCGCCUCCACCCAGUCAGGACCGGUCCACCACAGCGGUACUUUACCCCAGAAGCACACAAGGCUGUCCAUGCCACUUCCCCGACUACUGCCUCCCUCCCCCAUUUAACCACUCACCCUACCUCACCCUGAUGUAUCCUGCCUCAACCUGCACCUCCAGACACGCCCUGCCCUCCCAAUGCCCUCACAAAACCCUGACAGAUAAGCAAGAGGACUUUUUUUUGUUUUGUUUUGAAAGGGGACAUCUGUGGUGUGGUGACAGCUUUGACUUGUUUAUCUGUGUAAAGUAAUGCAUGUGCAGGACAUCAGGUUUAAGCAGUGAAAUGAAAACUUGCUUUGCACUAGGUCUGGAGAAAGAAUGAUAGUUGUUGCACUUUGUUCCUCUGUGCAUCUAUCAGACCUUGAAAGUGUCUUCCUAACAAAAUGGCGGCGUAGCUAGCUGCUACUUCUGCUUCAAACUGAAAAUGCGCCGGCGCUGUCAGUGAAAUCCAAAUGUAAAUAGAUGUACAGUUACUGUCCAAAUUGUCACGUCUCCCUCUGGUUGGGCUGCCUAACCACUAAUCCACACUACUGACCACUACACUAUACCACCCUAUGGUGUGGAUGGACUACUGUGUCAAUGAAAACAGAGUGGCCUCACAGCUAAACUCUAUUACCUAAAGAUUGGUUGAAAUCUUGUGUUUUUUUUUCUUCUCAGUAGCGAAUCGAUGUAGCAAUAACCACAGGAGGCCUGUCUUCCUGAGAGUGAUUCUGGUGGACCAGGAGGUGUUAGGGGAGAUGUUUAACUCUGUAAAAAUGAGUGUUAUCGGCCUCAUCCAUGAAUGAUUACUUCUGUUCAGCGCUGACGUGUUUUCAGAGUGUGCGGGUGUUCAGAUUCUCAAGUCAAAGCUGUGGGAAAAAACAUGAAAAUGUAAAAAAGAAGCCAGCUCUAAUGAUUUCUUCUCUUUUAGCUAGCUUAGUUCAAACUAAUCAUUUUCAGUUGUUUUAUGCUGUAACAAAACUAAUGGGACUUCAACCUUGCUAACUGCUAUUCCUGGAGCUUCUGGGCACUGCUGAUGACCAAUGUAGAUGUUAAUGCACAAUAGUCACUAUUGACGGAGGAGGCGCUCUGUCGCUCUCUGACCAGUUAUGAAAUGUUAGGGUUCUCUCUGUCUCUGAAAGUCUUUAGAGCUUGGCGUCCCAAUACUUGGAAAAAGGAGCCAGUCCCGCAUGGCAGGUCUGCACAAAAAAAAAUCUACAAAAGACUCAAAAGACAAGAAAAAGAGAUGCUUACGGAAGCUACUUGUCACUUAAAGUGAUUUUAGCCAGUGUAGUCUAUAUUUCUUGUAUUAAAUUUUGUAUUAUAUUUUCCUAAAUGUUCUCAUGUAAUGAAAAGACAAAAAAGAGUGACUAUAUCUAUGUAUAUCUCUAUCUAUAUAAAUCUAUAUAUGAGAGACAGACGGACAGGAGGCCAGGCUUGUUGAAGGGAGAGUGGGAGCCCCUCUCCCUGGGCGACUCUCCUGCUGUCAUUCUGUGCCUUGGUGAGCCUUCCUCCUCCAACCUCAUCCUCCUCUUCACCUGUCACCCCCUACUCAGGUCGUUGCCCUGGUAACACUCCUCCCCCUUGACCAUGUUGUCCUGCUCUGACCAGACUGAAAGCGUCCAUGCCCCCCUCACCAAAAGACUUCAUCCAGCGCAGAGGGCAUGCAAACAGAAGACCUUUAUGAGAAACUCACCUACGGCCCUAUUUUAUUUUGUACCAUUCCUUUAGCUCGUAUUCAGCUAAGAAUCUGACAUACAGAUUACUUCAGAUUUGAAAAUGUACGUAUGUAAAACAGCAUAGAGAAAGUGAAGUAGUAGAUCUGAACCUUGGUUCAUUUUUGGUUGUGAAAUCACUGUUGUUUUGAUUCUCAGUUGAAUAUUUGAGUUUGGGAAUGAGACAGUGACCUCUACUGACCGAAUUUAUCCACUCCCCAUCUGCCCCCUCGGCAUCGCCCUCCGACCUGUUCAAAAACCACACACUGGUAAUCUCCCAUGGCAGCUUCCAGUCGCCCCCAACUGUCAACUAGGGGGAUCCAAACUUUUUAUUGGGGCUUGAAGCUCUUCUGUAGUAAAUUAUUCCCUAUCAUCAUCGUUUUAUUAUUUUUUUUUUACUGAUACCACAUGUUGACCUACGUGUUUGGAGUCCACUGGGAGAGGAGCGAUAAAAGAAAUAAACCAAUCCAAUGGCAGCUUAAGGUGUUAUCGCCGCCCUCCCCGUGGUCCGUCCCCCCCAAAAUAGUGUUACACCCUGAAGACACAGCAAUAUUACCAUCAUGUGCUUUCAAGGGAGGGAAAAGGGUGGGUAUUUUGACAAGACAAGCUGUUUUUGCUUUUUCACUCUGUGGUGACCAACUUUUAUUGUUUUUGAGGAUUUUUUUUUUACCUCCUAUCUGCACUCUCUCCAUACACUGCAGGAGGGCAAAAAAUAUUGGGUUAAAAAAAGCUGUUUUGUCAUGAGUUUACAUUCAUGUCCAGGGUUUGUACAUGACUGUUGUAGCAAAAAUAAUGUCCUUUUUCAGUUUUAAAGAGCAAUUUGAAUGGCAUAUGGUGAUUCUCUUGCACAGAACCUCCCAUUGAGAAAAGUCAAAGACAGAACGAAAUGUCAAGGGCCUGAAAUGAGAUUAUAAUUUUUCAGUGGCGUCAUUGAAAAAUAUACAUAGCACACUUAAAAGGCACACAUUACGCUCUUUUCUGAUCUAUGUUAUAAUUUUGUUUCCUCAUCACAAACAGACCUGGAGUUGUGUUUUGUUUCAUUCACACAAACCCUGCAUGUUUCGUUGGAAAACCACCUUGUGAUGUCAUAUGUUAAUACAGGAAGUGCUCCUCUGUGUUUUUAAACUCCACACACCUCCACUAGAAUCACUUGGGUAAUUUCAGCCCUGGAAUUGCCAAUCUCUACUGAACAAAAGGUAAGUUAAGAUAGCGGUUGAAAACUACCACUUCAUGAUGACAUUUUGAGCUUUAGACAGCUUUAGAUUUUGAGACAGACUAAAAAUAAAAGAUUACUCAAACGCGUGAAUGAAACAACACAACUUCAGGUCUGUUUUUGAGGAGGUAACAGAUUUAUAACAUGGCUUAAAGCUACAAGAGACAAUUUUGUGUAAUAUGCGCCCUUUAAGAAUGGCUGUUUGUUUAUGCAGUGCGUCUGGAUGUGGUCUCUCGGGUUCCAAAGUUGUUAUGGAAAUUCUUUUGAUGAUGUGCCUUGGUAAAAGUUAUUUUCUUACAAAAAAAUUGAGAUUGUACCAGUUAUUAUGACUGUUUGCUCUUUUAGUGGCCACCGGCGCCAUUUUUAUUAUAAACAUCUAUGUCAAGAUAAACCUUCAUUGGGCUUUUCCAGUGGGGAGUCCUUCAGAGAUUAAAGCGGGGACAUAAAGAGGGAGUGCGCACUUAGGAGAUGCUUUUUGCUUUCAAGUUGCAAAGAGAUUUUUAUUCAGAAUGUGUUUUUGAAGCACACUGGGCUAUUUUGGGAAUGUUAAUGCGCAGAUUGAUUGAGUUUAAUGAAAGUAGCGCACACAUACACACACCACACUUACAUAAGAGCUAGGAUGUGUUAAACAAAGCUGUCACCUCAAUAUGAUGUCGUACGUCUGCAUCUUACAGGUAGUAACUUUAAGAGUGGUCCAGUUGUGUAGUCAUAUAAAACACAUUAUACUGUAAUACAUCCCUGUGGCAAGUGUAAAAAGCAAACUGUAUAAAAUAAACUCCCCAAUCCAUGGAAUCUGAAGUUGUCCUUACUUAACCCUAGCUACCUAAAACAAAGAGUCUAUAGAAAAUGUUAUGCCAAAUAGAGACGCUUUAGUUACCACUUUGCUUGCUUUAAACAGAACUUAUAUGGUCACCACAACACUUUCAUCAAUGUCUCCAUGCAGUAUUUUCUUCAUUGUUGCAUGUAACACCAGCAAAUCAGAGUAGGAGAGGAGAAGAGGGAGGAUAAUGGGGCUCGGGCUAACGCACUGUGCAAAGUAGAGGGAGAGUUCUGUGCCAGAGACCUGUGAAAAUGUUUCCUAUUUUAGUGGAAGUCUUAUAUGCAUUCUGAAGAUGUUAUAUAAGGUCCUUUUGUGUUAUUUUGUGUGAAUGUGUCUACACAAGUACCUGGUGCUGGCUAUACAAUAGCACACACUUGAAGGUAUGGUGUACUCUCUCAUUGUAAAGUAAUUAAAAUGUUUUAUACAUAAAA